AUGAAUUUCAACGAUAUGGAAAACUCGGUAUACGGUAAUUUAGAAGAAGACGCUGAGUUACUUGCCGAACUAGCAGCUAUUCAAGCAGAAGUUAACGGAGAAAACACACGAUCCGCGCCAACAGCUACACGUGCAGCUCCUUCUGCACCUCGCCGACCUGCACCAGGAGGGCGUCCUCAACAAGCAGCAACGCCAGAAGUUCCUGGUGUAGAUCCACGUCUUUUGGCUGCAGCGCUAUCAGAUAACCCUGGAAAUGAUGAUGAGGAAGUGGAGAUGGAUGAAGAAUUAUUGAAUGAAUUACAUGGAUUAGUUGGUGGUGGAUCUCCAAUCAAACAAGCGCCUCCCGUACCUGUCCGAGUAGCUCCGCCUUCUUCUGGUGGCCCAUCUGGCCCCGCCCCUUCUGCACCAGCACCGUCACGUCUCGGAAACGAGAACAACUCUCAGUUGAAUCAUUUAAGACAACUUCAUGCUUAUUAUGUUAAAGCUCAGAAAUCGGCUGAACAGGGAGGGGAAAGUGCUAAAGCAAGACGGUACAAACGUGCUGUCGACAAGCUCGUCGAACUUAUUCGUGCCGUUGAAAAUGGCAAAAAAAUUGACGAAUCUGAAAUUCCCGUCGCCCCACCAAAUUUUUCAUCGGAACCUCUCGCCCCAGCUGCUCCAACUGCCCAGCCAGCUCAUCAUCCACCAGCUCCGCCCAUUCGACAAGCUGCACAAGCCACGCCCACAAGCGAUGCCCCGCCUCCAAUUCCUCAGAGGAAAGCAUCUGCUACUCCAUCAACGACAUCAACAACAACUACAAAAGAGCCGACUGAUCCGAAGAAGGCGGCAAUUUACCGUAUUCUACAACAUCGUCGUAAUUUGCACGUUGCUAAUGGAAAAGCAGCAAUUGCUGCCGGAGAUAAAGAUUCCGCAAAGGAAUCAGUUGGAAUGGCAAAAGCUUUCGACCAGGCUAUCGCCGCUCUGAACGAAUGCUCAGCUGACGAAAUGGACAUGAAUGAAGUUCCACCAUCACCACCACCGUACCGCAAAGCUUCUUCACACCAAGCUCCGCCCACUUCAUCUCAAGCCUCGCCCACUCCAUCUCAAGCUCCACCUACUUCUGCUGGAGGUCCGCAAACAUUCAUUGCAGCACUAGAACAACGUCAGACGAGAUAUCUCCAAAUGGCACAAAAAGCUAAAUCUGAAGGAAAUGAGAGGAAAGAAAGAAUGAAUUCCCGUCUAGCCGGACAAUAUUCGGAAGCGAUUCGAGAUGCGAAAAAAGGAAAAACAGUUAAUAUUUCUGAGUUGCCGACUCUUCCUGAUAUGGGACCACUUCCGCUGCAAACAUCCGGACAAGCAGGUGCAGGGCGGACAUCUGGACAGACUGGGGAACAGCAUCUUCAUCAAAAACCUCCAGCACCUCAGGUCGGACCAUUGGCACCAAGUGGAGUAGAAGGGAAAAGUAGAAACUCAGCACAAUUGGAGUUCCUGUUAGAACGACAGAAUCAGUUCAAACAGGCUGCAAUUCAUGCUAAAUCACGUGGAGAUGUGGAAACCGCAAAAAAGUAUCUUCUCGAGAUGAAAGGAUUCGAUAAAAUGAUUCAAGCAGCACAUGCAGGACUUCCAGUUAAUAUCAAGAAUACACCGAUUCCACCACAAUCGCAGACUGCUCCGACCACAUUAGAACCACGGAUUCAUGCUGCUGCUGCUUCGUCAAGCACGGGCUUGGAAAAUCGUGGAGAACGUCUCAUGCUACUCGAGAAAACAUUAAUUGAACAAGUUCGUUCUGCUGAAACUAACCAAAUGAGAUUCACUCGUCUGGGAGAUGUUGGAAAAGUGAAAUUAUUUGAAUCUUGGGGAAAAACUGCCAAACAAGAUUUACUUUUGGUCAGAGAAGUCGCCAAACGUGGACUCAAUCUACCGAAAUUUCAUUAUGAAACAAGACAGAUUCCAUCUGCCGAUUUGUUCCCGGAUUUAGCUGAAGACGUCAUUGAAUUAACUAUUAUUUCAUGCAGAGAUGUUCCUCUACCAUCUGGAUAUGAAAUUCAUCACGCCAAUCUCUUCACUAAAUACAUUUUUCCUCCAGUCGUUUCCGAUCAACCACAAGUUGGGAAAACGAAAUUGAUCGCUGGUACAACAUCUCCUCAAUUUUCUGAAUCCGUUAUGUUGAACAUUGGAAGUGGAAAAUCUAGAAAUAACAAAUUGCAGAGAGUUUUCAAGAGAGGUGGAUUAAAGUUUGAGGUUUAUCAAAAAGGCGGAUUUAUGAGAAGUGACAAACUACUUGGUACAUGUGAAUGGAAAUUGGAAAAAUUAGAGCAUAGUGCUGAAAUGGAAGAAUCGUUACCGCUGAAGGAUGGUCGAAAAGCAGUUGGUGGUCUUCUUUCUGCAAAACUCCGUAUUCGCGAACCAAUCGGUGACGCAAAAGCUCAAUCCAUCUCUCAAAAAUGGCUUGUUUUGGAUAAUUAA